AAUACAGCCAUUGUUCAUGUACGCCAUUUUCGUUCGGUUUGUUGUUGAAUUUGCUAAGAUUGAGAAGGGAAGUGGCAGUUAUUUUUUAUGAAAUUAAAAGAAUUAUAUUAACAGACGAACACAAGAUAAAGUCUAGAAGACUUACCGUUUAUUUUUAAGCCUCAAAAUGGGCUGUGUUUUAUCUUUGGGUGGGUUGGCAUGUUGUUGUGGCACUGCGGCCUGCAGUUGCUGUUGCAGUGCAUGUCCGUCAUGCAAGAACUCCACAUCCUCUCGCAUUGUUUAUGGCCUGUUUUUGUUGUUAGGAGCCAUCACUUCUUGCAUCAUGUUGACACCAGGAUUGAGAGAGAAAUUGAAUAGCUUGUUGGUAGUAUGUGAAGGUAGCAGCAAUGUGAUUGACGGCGUGUUGUCCUCUGAACAGUGCGAUAUUAUUGCUGGGUAUUCUGGUGUUUAUCGUAUCUGCUUUGGAAUGGCAUGUUUUUUCUUCUUGCUUGCUAUCAUCAUGCUGAAUACCAAGUCAAGCGGUGACCCUAGAUCCAAGAUUCAAAAUGGAUUCUGGUUGUUCAAGUUUCUUGCUCUGGUUGGUCUCUGGGUUGGAGCUUUCUUCAUUCCAUCUGGCAAUUUUGAAGAAGUAUGGCGUUAUUUCGGUCUGGUUGGAGCAUUCAUCUUUAUUCUGAUUCAGUUGGUACUGAUUGUGGACUUUGCUCAUACAUGGAAUGAAAGCUGGGUUGAUAAGGUAGAAGAGACUGGUAAUAGAGGAUGGUAUUACGGGUUACUUUUCUUCACCAUUAUCGACUACGCAAUUUGCAUCACUGGAAUCGUCCUCUUCUAUGUUUACUUCAUCGGAGAUAAGGAUCACAGCUGUACCGAAAAUAAGUUUUUCAUAUCUUUCAAUAUGAUUCUGUGUAUUGCUAUCUCAGUUAUUGCUAUCUUACCUAAAGUGCAAGAAGCCCAAGCUAGAUCUGGUCUGCUCCAAUCAUCAGUCAUUUCUCUUUAUGUCGUUUACUUGACGUGGUCGGCAAUGAGUAGCUCACCUGAUAAAGCAUGCAACCCUGGCUUUCCUGAUUUCCUUGGUAAUGGGACAUCGACCACCAACACUGGAGUAUCACUGAAUGCGGAGAGCUGGUUAGGCUUUAUCAUCUGGUUUGUCUGCGUUGUAUUUGCUUGCAUGCGUACAGCAAGCACCAACAACGUUGGCAAAUUGACUGGAAACGAGACCUUCUCUCGCUUGGAGACAGACUCGAAUCAGGAGGUAACUUUCUAUGGUGCAAAUGAGAAGGUUUUGUUGAGCUCAGAUUCUACAACUUCGAAAGAAUCUGGAGCAGAGGGUGACAGUGAUGCAGAGGCUGGACAAACUGUAUGGGAUGAUGAGAAAGAAGCGGUUGCCUACAGCUACUCAUUUUUCCACAUCCUCCUGUUCUUGGCUUCAUUGUAUAUCAUGAUGACCUUGACCAACUGGCUCAAACCUAAUUCAAGUUCUGCAGACAAGCUUACUCAAAGUACUGGAGCAGUAUGGGUGAAGAUGUCAUCCUGCUGGAUAUGCAUUUUUAUUUACGCAUGGACACUUGUUGCACCAAUCAUACUAAGCGAUCGUGACUUCUCCUAAAAAGUCUAUCAACCAAUCAAUGUGUACUUUUUAAUUAAAGCAUCUAGUUGGCACACAAUUGGAGUUCAAUAUUUAAUGUGUCAUGAUUUUGAAAACCAAUAUAUUCCUAUAAUUUUUAAUUUAGUUUAUUGUACAUUCUCAUCAAAGUUGUCGUUUUUAUACCCCAUAAUUAUUUAACUAUCGUGUUGCAUUUAGGAAAACUGAUCAAUUGAUAAUACUUGGACCUUUGUUGCCUUAAGUUAUAAAUAACAAAGAACUGUACACUAUAUAAAAAAUCCAGUGGAUUAUUUUGGUAAGGGUUGAACCCAGGACCUGUAGUUAAAAUUAUGACGGAGCUUAUACAGAUUAUAGCCAGCAUCACAUAAUGUAGAUGGUGUUAGAAUAGUUGCCGCUCUAAAGACAUAGCUGAUCGCCCCAAAUAGAAUAUAAUAAUCUAGAAAAAUGUUUGAAUUUUGUAUAAAAUAGGCAUUUUUAAUUCUUGGCUUCUUCUCUGUUUUGGUAUUAUAAUACAGGGCAACAGCAUAUGAAGAAUGCCAUCCUAAACCAGCGUAAUCCCAAAACUGUCAUUAGCAUAAGAAUGUGGCAGUAUUGUAUAUUUAUUACAAAGAAGCCAUAAUGAUUUUAUUCAAAACUUUGGCAAUAGUAAGGUGACUUCAGAAAAUGACCCGUCGUUUUAAAGCUUACUAUAUUUGAAGUCAUUUCUCAUUUUUUGGUCACUGAUGCUGGUAUUGGGAUGGCAAGCCUCAUAGAUAUUGUAGGUACAGUAUGUGUUAGUUAGACAAGCAUCAAAUCAAGGUCUCUUAAUGUUAAAUUUAUUACAAAUAUUGCUUAGUUCGGCUAAUGUAUUUGCCAUGUGUUAUAGCAAGUUUGAGGGAAUUUCAAUUUUUUUUAAGUUUCCAAACUUAACAGAAUGUAAGAUGUUGACAAUAAGACAAAGCCUAAAAAUGCUAAUACAUGUGUGAAAUUCUAAUUAAUCAUUUAAAGUAUGUGAUAAAUAACCAAAGGGAAUAAGGUUGAAAGUUAAGAAAUUGCAGAGGCUUGGUUUUGUACUGCAAAGCAUAAAGGGAAACAUGUAUUGGUGGUGGAUUGUGACUUGCAUGUAUGCAAUAUAGGUAAACUUUAUUGAAAUUUAAAAAAAAAUUGUAAUGAUUAUGUUGAUAUGUAUGAAAUAAGAGAUUCAACCAUGCAAAAUAUUUUUUUUUCUAUUAAAUUACUUUUACAUUAAAACUAUUAAAAUAUAUUUAUGCACCUUAAAGUGAAUUGGACAUGCAUAUAAACUGGAGCAGUGCUUCUGGUUCAGGCUGUCCAGAUUCAAUCCAUUUGCUAGUGUCUUUGGGGAGAGGUACUUUAUCUACAAUUGUUUCUGUCUGCAGUUGUCAAACAUUUAAUCUAAUAGAUCUCUUUGAAUUUUCCAAUUUUAAUAUUUUCUUCCUCUGGUCUUACUGUUGUAUAUUUUUUAUUUGUUUUGAUUGUCCUUUGUAUCCCCUGGCAAAAGGUGUGGUACAUAUUUCUAUAUUAUAUAUAAGGAUGAGAAAAUUCUCUAGAAAGUUAUUGGAAUGCUACACAUGACUUAUGAUUAGAAGAACUUUCAGAUAUUAAUUGGAAAGCACAAUAGUUAAUUCCAAGCAUAUUUAUUUUAUGAAUGGAUAUCAAUCGUGACAAGAAAGAUUUUUUUUUUCACCUUUAUUGACUAAAUAUUAUUGGCAGUUUUUGCAAUAAAUAGAUUGUACAAGGCAA